AUGGAUGAGGCUGAGCAGGACCAGUAUGAAGCUCGCCUCAAGGAGCUCUUCGACAGUUUUGACAGCACAGGCACAGGGUCCCUGGGGCAGGAGGAGCUCACCGACCUCUGCCACAUGCUGCACCUUGAGGAGGUGGCACCAGCACUGCAGCAGACCCUCCUGCAAGGCAACCUCCUAGGCAGGGUCCACUUUGAUCAAUUUAAAGAAGCACUUAUCCUCAUCUUAUCCAGAACCCUCUCAAAUGAAGAGCACUUCCAAGAACCAGAUUCUUCCCCAGAAGCACAACCCAAGUACAUCAAAGGCGGCAAACGCUACGGCCGCCGGUCCCUGCCGGAGUUCCAGGAGUCGGUGGAGGACUUUGCCGAGGUGACCGUCAUCGAGCCGCUGGGCGAGGAGGCAUGUCCCACGCACAUUGCUUCCACUGACUGCCAGGAGCACUGGAAGACACGAGACAGCGAGGAGUAUGAGGCUGAGGGGCAGCUGCGCUUCUGGAACCCAGAUGACCUGAAUGCCUCCCCUGGAACAUCACUGCCCACCCCAGACUGGAUAGAAGAGAAACUGCAGGAGGUCUGUGAGCACCUUGGCAUCACCAGGGAUGGUCACCUGAACCGCAAAAAGCUUGUGUCCAUUUGUGAGCAGUAUGGGCUCCAAACGGCAGCUGGGGAGGUGAUUGAAGAGGUGCUCCAUAACCUGGAGCAAGAUGGCACCAUGAGCGUGGAGGACUUCUUCUAUGGCUUGUUUAAAAAUGGCAAGUCAUUGACACCAUCGGCAUCUACUCCGUACCGACAGCUGAAACGGCACCUCUCCAUGCAGUCGUUUGAUGAAAGUGGGAGACGAACCACCACCCCCUCGGCCAUGCCCAACACCGUCGGCUUCUGCCUCUUCUCCAGCUUGGAUGAUGGGAUGGGCUACAGCUGCGUGGAGGGUGUCCUUGACUGUUGGCACCAGGAGGGCAUAGAGAACAGCCAAGAGAUCCUGAAGGCUUUGGAUUUCAGCUUGGAUGGGAAGGUGAACUUGACGGAGCUGACGCUGGCACUAGAAAAUGAGCUCUUAAUAACCAAGAAUGGAGUCCACCAGGCAGCCCUGGCAAGCUUCAAAACGGAGAUAAAACACUUGCUAGAGAGGGUUGACCAAGUGGCCAGAGAGAAAGAGAAGCUGCGGUCAGACUUGGAAAAAGCUGAGAAGCUGAAGUCCCUGAUGGCUUCUGAAGUGGACGACCACCAUGCUGCAAUUGAGCGCCGGAAUGAGUACAACCUCAGGAAGCUGGAUGAGGAGUACAAGGAACGGAUUGCAGCUCUGAAGAAUGAGCUCCGGAGAGAGCGGGAGCAAAUCCUGCAGCAGGCUAACAAACAGCGGCUGGAGCUGGAGCAGGAAAUAGAAAAGCUGAAAACUGAUGAGAACUACAUGAGGGACCGCCUGGCCCUUUCCCUGAAGGAAAACAGCCGCCUGGAAAACGAGCUACUGGAAACAGGGGAGAAACUGGCUGAGUAUGAAAGUUUGGCAAGCAAACUCCAGAGGAACUUGGAGAAUGUCCUGGCUGAGAAGUUUGGUGACCUGGAUCCCAGCAGUGCAGAGUUUUUCCUGCAGGAGGAGAGGCUGGCCCAGAUGAGAAGCGAGUACGAGCAGCAGUGCAGAGAGCUGCAAGACCAGAUAGAUGAGCUGCACGCAGAACUGGAGGAGUACCGUGCCCAAGGCAAAGUGCUGAGGCCUUCUCUGAAAAAUUCACUGUCAGAAGAGUUUGACAUUGAUAUGAAAAGCCAUGGCCACAGUGGUAUUGAGCCUGACCAAGGGCUUGGUUCAGAAGACUGCAACCCAUUAAACAUGAGCAUCGAGGCAGAAAUGGCUAUUGAACAAAUGAAGGAGCAACAUGACAGAGAUCUACACCACCUCAAACAGGAGCUUGAAGACACGGUGGGCCAUUAUGAAAAGCAACUAGAUGAGACAAAAACCCACUGUGAAAAGGAACAGGAGGACAUGAGGAAGAAGUACACUGAGGAGAUCCAUGUCAUGGAAAAGCAAAUAAGUGGCCUUAAAAAUCAAAUUGCAGAGCUGCAAGCAGAGGCAGCAGUGCUCAAAGAACAGCAAGAACAAUUUGACUGUAAAUACAAUGAUGAGAAAAACAAAUUAAAAAUGCGUUUUGAUGAGGAAAAAGCCAAUCUGCAAGAAUUAUUGAGGCAGGAGCAUGAAGAAGAUGUUAGAGCCAGGCUAGAGCAGGUAAAUGAGAAAUUUAGUCAAGAACGGGAAAAACUGAUCCAAAAUGGUGUUUGGGUGGAAGAAAAAAUGAGAGUUUUAGUGCAGACACUGCAGGAAGAGAAGGGAGAGCUGGAGCGUGGCUUUCACGAGCAGCUGAAAAGGAUGGCAGAGGUGCAUGCCCUGGAGAAGGAAGAGCUUCAGCAAGAGCUGCUGAGGAAGCACAAACAGGACCUGGAGGAGGAAAGGAAAAAAAUGGAAAGUGACUAUAACAGAAGAACAUCUCAUGUAGAAACUCAGUUUUCUGUCGAGACACAAACACUUGUGAAUAAAUAUGAAGAAACGAUCCAAAACCUGGAAGGACGUCACCAGCAAGAGCUGCGUGAACUUGCUGAACAGCAGAGAGAAGAGAAAUCUCAGUGGGAGUUUGAAAAGGAUGAAAUUGCUCAGGAGGUUGCUGAAGCCCAUGAGCAGCUGAAGGAAAGGCUGGCAAAUGAAAAGGCUGUUUCUUCUGCCUUGACCCAGGAGAAAGAUCUCCUGGAGAAGAACUUCAAGGAAGAAGUGAACAAGCUUGUGUGUGAGAGAGAGCAACUUCAGAAGGAGCUGCAAGACCUGAGGAACGCUGCUGAGAAGCAAGAGAAACAACUGAAUGAUAAAAUAACACAACUCCAAAAUGACCAUGAGAAAGAGCUAAAGAACAAAGAAGAGCAUCUGUCUGUGGUGGAGGAAAAUGGGAAGCUGGCUAGGCAAAAACUGGAGAGGCUUGAUAGUGAAUAUAAGCAAGAGAAAGAAGACCUCAAUUCGAAACUUCUUGCUUUGAAGAGCUUAAACAAAGACAUUUGUGUAAGGGCAGAAACAGAAAAGGCAAAGAUGAGUUUGGAGAUCUCAAAUCUUCAGGGGAAAAUUCAGAAACUGCAGUGGGAGACCCAUAGUUUUUCCAUGCUACAAAAUCAUUAUAGGGUCCUGGAAAGCGAGUAUGCCAAAGCAAAAAGCAAAAUUGCUUCUUUCUCCAGUGUGGUCCCUCUGGGAGAUGACGCAGAUGUCCUCCUAAAUCUGCAGAAAGUGCACGAGCAAGCUGUGAAGGAAAAUGUCAGGAUGGCUGCUGAGAUCAUCAGGCUGCAGCACAGGUUGGCAGCUGUGGAGCGGGAGCCCAUGCGACCUCACAGUCCUGGCUGCUCUGACUCCAGCUCAGAACCAUCUCAGCUGCCAGAUGAAACAGAUCCCAUUUUUGAAGGGUUGCCCAGUGACUGCAAGGAUGCUGACAAGCAAACAGAGUCCAAUGUCCUUCCGCCUUUGGAGGCUGAAGCUACAGACCUGGAAGACGUGUCUGAGAUUGAGUCAGAUUUGGAGAAACCAUGUGUUAAAGCCAGAGCAGGUGGAAGUCCUGAGAAAACCUUUGAGAGAGUUCCCAGAGCAAAAAUGCUACAUGAGGAUGAUGUUAAACAGCAGAAGGUUCAUCUGCUAAAUCACGGAAUAGCUUCUAAAAAUAAGGAGCUUAUUCCUGAUGCUUCAAAGCUGCAGGUUGAGCUUGAGGAAGCUGAAGAACUGAGUGAAGCUUCUCUCCAGCUUGAUCAUGCUCCUGGAUCAGCAAAUGGUGACCUGAAAAAUGUAAUAGCUCAGCUUUGGGAGAGGGUGGAAGAAUUAGAAGACAGAUCAAUAGCACAGGCUAAACUUCUGUCACUACAAGAGGAACUUCAGGUGGAAAAUGAGGAUCUGAAAUCUGAAAUUAUCAAGUUAGUUGAAAAAAAUAAAGUGCUGGAAGACAACCUAUAUAAGCUGAGAAGCCUUCAUUGCAAACUAGGAAGUAUUAAACUCAGAGAGGAAAACGCACAGCUCCUCCAAAAAGCUGAAGAAUUGGAAGAUGUGCAAGAACAAGAUGCUGAAGGAAACGUAGAUGCAUACAGUGAUGAGAUAAGACCAAGAUGCCAGCUUGGGAAGCUUGAAGAACAUGCCACCACGUUUACAGAUCAGCAAGAAAAGCAUGCCCAUAGUGACAACACCAUGAAAGAAAUGAGGGAGCUGCAAGAACCCAAUAGAAAGCUGAAGGAGAAAGCUGCUGCUCUGGUUAACUCAAACGAGGUGCACUUCCAUGGAGAGAGGGAGGAGAGGAACACAGUGACCCACAGCUUGCAAAGCACGUGCACUGAGCUGCAGCAAAAAGUUGACCUCCUGAGAUGUGAAGCUGAGAAGCUCAGAGAAGAAAAUGCCCUUCUGAAAAAUGAAGUGACUUUACUAAAUGAGGAAGGCAGUGCUUCCAGCCUGAAGCUGAGGGAGCUAAAUGGAUCCCGAGAGGAAAUGAGGCAAAAGAUAGAGGCUGUGAGAAAGGAGAAGGUGGCUGUACAGAAGAUGGUCGACAACCUGAAAAAGCAGGUAGCAGAUCUGAAGACCAGGAACCAGCAGCUGGACUCUGAAAAUACAGAACUUAGCCAGAGGAACUCCAAAAAUCAAGCAGAUGUGCAGGAUCUUAAUCAACAGCUGGCAAGGGUGCUCAAGCAAAAGGAAAGGGAAGCUGGAAAGUGUAGCUUGGAAGAAUGUGAAAAGGAGAGGCUGGUGCUGAAAGAGGAACUGGAAAACUCCAAAGUCAAGUCCUCAAAUCUGGUGUCUUCCUUGGAGAUGGAGCUGUCAAAAAUGAAGGUUCAAGCUCAUAUACUGGAACAGGAGAACCACAUCCUCAAGCAGGAACUGGAGAACACAAAACAGCUGCCCAGAUGUCCUGACCUCUCUGACCUUCAAAAUGAAGUUUCGAGUUUAAUUACUAAAAAUGAAAACCUGCAGAAAGAAAAAGAAGCCCUGAGUGAGGAAUUAAACAGAUGUAUUGAUAAGGUAGCUAAAAUAAGCUGCUUAGAGAAUGCAAUUGGCAGCUUGAAGCAGGAGCAGAAGGGCUGGGAACAGCAGAGUCAGACACUGAAAACACAGCUCACCAUUUCACAGGAGAAGGUUCAGAGUCUAGAUGAAACUCUGCAAAAUACCAACCUCCAAGUGUCCAGACUGAAAUCAGACUUACAGGUGACACAACAGGAGAAGGAAGCUCUUAAACAAGAAGUGAUGUCUUUACACAAGCAACUGCAGAAUGCCAAUGAAAAGAAUCGGGUUCUAGAACAGGCUGUGCCUUCCUCAGGGCUGCAGGACCAACAGAGGCAACUCCACUGGGAAGAACUGGUCCAGCUGACAAAACAAGAGCAGCAGCUGCUCAGACAAGAGAAUGAGAGGCUGCAGAAAGAAGUCCAGAGCACCAAAACAGAGCUGGUUCACUCCAGAGAGAAGAUCCGACAGCUGGAAUCUACAAUCCUUGCCCUAAAGCACCAAAAGCAUCAAAGCCAGUCAGGUAUCGUCAAAGCCAUAGAGCAAGAGAAGUUAAGCCUGAAGAGAGAAUGUGAACAGCUUCAGAAGGAGCUGUCAUCUGCAAACAGGAAGAUCAGUCAGAUGAAUUCUCUGGAACGUGAACUGGAAACCAGCUCAGAAAAUGAAGGGCUAAGGAAAAAGCAAGUCAAACUGGAUGAUCAGUUAAUGGAGAUGCUCCACUCCAGCACCAGUGUGAUGCUUAGCCAACCUCCGCACUCCCGGGAGCUCCAGCAGCAAGGCUGUGCUAUGGUGCCCAAGGAACAGUUCCUGCAGCUCCAACACCAGCUACUACAAGCAGAGAGGAGGAGUCAACGUCUUCAGGAAGAACUUGAAAGUCGACCUUCUGAAACAAACAUGCAACAGGGAGGUCAUGAGCAGCUUCUAAAAAUGAUGGAAGAGCGUAUGAUGGAUGUCGAACAGAAACUAAGGCUUGUGAAGAGGCUUCUCCAAGAUAAAGUGAAUCAGCUCAAGGAACAACUUUCCAAGAACACUAAAGCAGAUGCAAUGGUCAAGGAUCUCUAUGUUGAGAAUGCACAACUGCUGAAGGCUCUGGAGAUGACAGAACAGCGGCAGAAAACUGCUGAAAGGAAGAACUAUUUGCUAGAAGAAAAAAUUGCCAACCUCAAUAGGAUAGUGAAGAACUUGGCAUCCCCGACGUUGAAGUCAGCCUCUGAGAUAAGGUCAUAG